CGUGUAUGGCUUAGAUUCGCUUCGUUCAUAUAAAGUAGCCCCCUCCGAGGUCCAGAACGAACCUCUUUCACCAUUCAUCGGUUCGUUUCUGUUCAGUCGGGCGUCUCUCUAUCUACUUUUGCUUUUUCAAAUGGUAUUGCUAUUGUGUAGUCUCGAUCUGAGGAACAAACUACGAUCUCCAGCUCUGCUCAGCAGAUCUCACGCUAAAUUCUCUCAAUUUGACGGCGCCAGCUAUUGUAGUCAGAUCUUUCGGCAAAUUUAAGAAAGAGAGGAGUGAAUCUUAACUCAUGUUAAUUAUUUUUCUUCGUAUUCGUAAGAAUUUCCUUUUAUUUUAAUGGAUUGUAAUUGACCAAAAGUUUGAAUAAACGUAUAUAUGGUCAGUGGCGCAUCCAAUUUUGUUAAGUGGAAUAAUUUGAAAGAGAUUCAGGGGCCAGUUAAGAUGGCUAAAGAUCAUAACCCUAAAGUCGAAGACGUAGAAGAGGGAGAAAUUUCGGAUACGGCAUCAGUAGAAGAGAUCACUGAAGAGGAUUUCAAUAACCAAGAUCCUAAUCUCACCAAACGCAAAAGGGAUGCUAGGGUUUGGGCUGUGCGUGAUCUCUAUACCAAAUAUCCUAGCAUUUGUCGUGGCUAUGCUUCUGGAUUGUAUAAUCUAGCUUGGGCACAAGCCGUCCAGAAUAAACCUCUCAAUGACAUUUUUGUCAUGGACCUUGAUUCUAAUCACAACUCCAAUCGUUCAUCUUCUCCUUCCCUCAAUGCUAAAGAAAAUUCCAACCCCAAGGAAAAGGAAGUUGGUAAUAACCUAACGGAUGGUAGAGUUGAAGUUGUAGAUGUUGACAAAGAGGAUGGCGAAUUGGAAGAGGGUGAGAUUGAUAUGGAUGCAGAGUUCGCUGAGAAGACCGAAACUUUGAAAUUUGACGAAGCUACAGAUGGUCACUCAAUGGAAUCGGACAGGCAAGUGACCGCUCGGCAGGUGAUCGAGAACAUUACCAUGGCCAAUGCGGAGAAAUCAUUUGCUGAAACUUGUUGUCAACUUCAGAAUGCCUUCCAGAGCUUGAUGGAAUUAAGUUCCGCAACCAUUGUUUCUCAAAAGGAUGCUCUCAUUCAAACGUCACUCAAUGCAAUAAAAGUUGUCCAUUCCGCAUUCUUCUCCAUGAACAAUUCUGAAAGGGAACAGAACAAGGAUGGCCUGAUAAGAUUACUUUCUUUUGUGAAGAAUCAAGGCCCUUUUAUAUUUUCUCCAGACCAUAUGGAAGAGAUUCAGUCCAUGGUUACCUCUUUGGACUCUAUUGAUUGCAGUAAAGAAAAAGAAUUGCUGAGCGAUGAGGUCAGGGACGAGGAAGUAUUAGCCUUAUGUGCUUCUAGUGAAUCGGUUUCUUUUGGUAAGCCUUCAGACACUGUGGUUCCUGGGACUUUGGUUAAUGGUAAUGCUUUUGAGGUACCAGAAGUUUUGAAAUCUGCUCAAAGUAAUGUAAAAGGUAGAGGGGCUUUGCUUCCUUUGCUAGACCUUCAUAAGGAUCAUGAUGUAGAUAGCCUACCAUCCCCAACUCGAGAAGCCCCAUCCUGCUUCCCUGUGAACAAAAAAUUUUCUGUUAGUGAGGAGUUUGUCAAACCAAAUUUGCUUUCUAGUGAGAUAGAACAGGAAAGUGAAGAUUCUAAGUUGCAUCAUUAUGAGACUGAUGCUUUGAGAGCUGUUUCUACCUAUCAACAGAAGUUUGGUGGAAGUUCUUUUUUGAUGAAUGAUAAGCUUCCGAGUCCAACUCCAUCAGACAACGGUGAUGACGGGGUUGUUGAUACAAAUGAGGAGGUAUCUAGUGCAUCUAGGGCUGGUUCUCUAAGGACUCUUAAGCCUUCUCUUUUGGUACCAACAUCAUCUACAUCUGUGGACAGAUCCAGCAUGUAUGGACUGGUUACUUCUAGAAAUGAUGUAAUAACAACAUCUGGGUCUCACCCUGUAAAAUCUUCAGCCAAGAGUCGGGAUCCUAGGCUUCGAUUCAUUAAUUCUGAUGCAAGUUCUGUGGAUCUUAAUCGACAUCCAGUAAUACACAAUUCAACUAAAGUUGAUAAUUUUGGAACUGUAACUUCAAAGAAGCAAAAGGCUGUUGAAGCUCCAUGUUUAGAUGUUGCUGUAAAAAGACAGAAAAAUGAAAUGGAAAAUCCUGGGGGUGAUACAAGAGAGGUAAGAAUUGCAGCUGGAAUUGGUGGUCGGUUGGAGGAGACUUCUACAGCUGGAUCUCAGUUGAUGAACAAGAACCAGUUGUCAGAGCAUGUGGAAACUGAAACCAAAAUGAUUACUAGUGCAUUACUUAGUCCUUCUACUGGCUCUGGGACUUUCAAUGUGACAAGUAAUGCGACAAAUAAUGGAAAUGAGAUGGCACCAAUUUCUAAUGUCACAGCUUCCUUGCCUGCUUUGUUGAAAGGUUUAGCUGUAAACCCAUCUAUUUUGCUAAACAUACUUGUAGGGCAACAAAGAUUGGCAGCAGAAGCCACACAGAAAUAUGCUGAUUCUGCUACAACUGCACUGCAUCCUCCAAGCACAAGCUCCAUUGUGGGAGCAGACUCAAUUGUGGCUGUUGGUCCAUCAAAGACCGCUGGGCUCUUGCAAAAUUCUUCUGGAGUUCCUUUAGCUUCUUCACAAUUGACUUCCACGGUGCCAAAUCUACAAGAAGAUUCAGCAAGAAUUCACAUGAAACCUCGUGAUCCACGACGCAUUCUCCAUGGUAAUACUCUCCAAAAGAGUGGAAGCAUGGGGAGUGAGCAAUUAAAGGCCACUGUACCCUCUGCAUCAAACAUGCAGGGGAUUGGGGACAAUGGAAAUGCUCCACAGCUUGAGGGUUGGGCAGACACAAAAUUGGUGCCUUCUCAAACAGUUGCACCACCUGAUAUUGCCCGGCAAUUCACCAGGAAUCUGAAAAAUAUAGCUGAUAUUAUUUCCGUUUCCCAAACACCAUCAAGCCAUUCCACCGUUAGUCAAAGCUUUUCUUCUGCAGCAGGAUCCCUUGAAUCAGAUAGACUGGAACUGAAAUCUGUAGUGUCAAACCCUGAGAACCUGCGUACUGGUCCAGGAUCAGCUGCUGAACCAGACACAGCAGGUUCCUCUCAACCCCCUAGUACAUGGGGAGAUGUUGAACAUCUUUUUGUAGGCUAUGAUGAGCAGCAGAAAGCUGCAAUACAGAGAGAAAGGGCUAGGAGGAUAGAAGAACAGAAGAAAAUGUUUGCUGCUAGAAAGUUAUGCCUUGUCUUGGAUCUAGAUCACACACUUCUCAAUUCAGCCAAGUUUGUGGAAGUAGAUCCUGUGCAUGAUGAGAUCUUGAGAAAGAAAGAAGAACAAGACCGCGAGAAGGCUCAAAGACAUCUUUUUCGAUUUCCUCAUAUGGGAAUGUGGACCAAACUAAGACCAGGAAUCUGGAAUUUUUUGGAGAAGGCUAGUAAGCUUUUUGAGCUGCAUCUUUACACCAUGGGAAACAAGCUAUACGCAACCCAAAUGGCAAAGGUGCUUGAUCCUAAAGGAGUUUUGUUUGCUGGGAGAGUUAUCUCUAGGGGCGAUGACACUGAUCUGUUUGAUGGUGAUGAGAGAGUUCCCAAAAGCAAGGAUUUAGAAGGUGUUUUGGGCAUGGAAUCAGCUGUCGUAAUUAUAGAUGAUUCAGUGAAAGUAUGGCCUCAUAACAAACUGAACCUGAUAGUGGUGGAGAGGUAUACAUACUUCCCCUGUAGUAGACGUCAAUUUGGACUCCCUGGUCCUUCUCUUCUUGAGAUUGAUCAUGAUGAGAGACCUGAAGAUGGGACCCUUGCAUCUUCUUUGGCGGUAAUUGAGAGGAUACACCAAAUUUUUUUUGCCUCUCAAUCCCUAGAAGAAGCAGAUGUCAGAAAUAUUCUUGCUUCAGAGCAGAGGAGGAUCUUGGCUGGUUGUCGCAUAGUUUUCAGCAGGGUGUUUCCUGUUGGUGAAGCCAAUCCUCAUCUGCAUCCAUUGUGGCAGACAGCCGAACAAUUUGGUGCUGUUUGCACGAACCAGAUUGAUGAUCAGGUUACCCAUGUGGUUGCCAAUUCCCUGGGGACUGACAAGGUGAACUGGGCUAUUUCCAACGGAAGAUUUGUUGUCCAUCCUGGCUGGGUCGAAGCAUCGGCUUUGCUUUAUAGGAGGGCGAAUGAGCAGGAUUUUUCCAUUAAACCAUAAAAAUUCACCAACCAAAUUUUCUCUUGUAAUCUAAAAUACGUGAAACGUAAAUCAGGAAUCACAUUGAUUUUGGGUGUGAAACCAUCAGGUCAAGAAGUUGGCUGGGUGGACUGGGGUGGCCAAGAGCCAAUUUUGAUAGGAGUGCAAAUCCAUCCAUUUGUGAUGACACCGGCCAGUUUGCUCAGGAGUUAAUGGAGGAUUUUUUAGCUGGCCCCAUGACUCGGGUCUUUCUAUGGACUGAAAUUUUGACAUGACUGGUGACUCGGAGGAAUUACAUAGAGCUUCCACGCCAUGUUAUAUCAUUUCAAGCUGAGCCGGAACUUGUGGGCCCAAAUUUGUUGGGCGUCAGCUUGCAUUCAUUAAAUAGAGGAUACAUAGUUGGCCGAAAAAGACAGGAUAUAUAAACUAAGCCUUACUUUCAGGUUUAACUCAUUGAUGAUAAUGGAACUACCCUAUUCAAGUUUUUGAAGUUGAA